UUCACCAUCUCUCUUAGCUAAAACCCUAACCCUUUGUCCCGUCGCCGCCGCCGCCGCCGCUCCCGGCUGCACCAAUGGACGCCAGCGACUCGCCGCCGGAGGCUGCUGCAGCCACCAUUUCUACUUCUGUGGAAAAUCAAGCGGCGUCAGAUCCUCCUGGAUCUCACUCCGCCUCCAAAUCCAGUCCCGAUCUGAUGGAAACCAACAAUUUCGCCAUUGAACCGACGGAAACAAACAAUUCUACGGCAGAUCCCGCUGAUGAACACCAAACGCAGCCGGAGGUUCCAACGCGGAAGAAACGCCGCCGCCGUAAGAAAAUCUUCACGGACAUGAUCUCCUCCUCCGUCUCUCGCUUUCGUUUCCUCCGCCCGCACCCUAAAACAGCGGACGCCGACGGUACCCCCUCCGGCCAUCACCGCAGGCGCCGAGGUCCGUCCGACCUCUCCAAGGAGCUCGACAUCGAGGCGCUGAUCGCUAUCUCCGUCGGAUUCCCCGUCGAUUCACUCGCGGAGGAAGAGAUCGAGGCGAACGUCGUCUCCCGCACCGGCGGGACCGAGCAGGCGAACUACAUCAUCGUGCGCAACCACAUCCUCUCCCGAUGGCGCUCGAACGUCUCCGUCUGGCUAACCAAGGACCAAGUUCUGGAAUCCAUCCGCGCCGAGCACAAAAACCUGGUAAAUUCUGCCUACAAUUUCUUACUCCACCAUGGAUACAUAAACUUCGGUGUUGCCGACGCCAUUAAAACUAUCAAAUGCAAUGUGUUCGAUGAAAUGCCCAAGGGAAGUGUGAUAGUCAUAGGUGCAGGCCUGUCGGGCUUAGUUGCUGCUAGACAGUUGAUCUUUCUAGGCUUUAAAGUCAUUGUGAUAGAAGGCAGGGCUCGCCCCGGCGGUAGGGUUCGAACCCGGAAAAUGCGUUCAGCUGACGGUAGUGUCGUUGGAGCUGCCGAUUUAGGCGGCAGUGUGUUGACAGGGAUCAAUGGGAACCCAUUGGGAGUGUUGGCUCGUCAGCUUGGAUUCCCUCUCCAUAAGGUGAGGGAUAUUUGCCCGUUGUACUUGCCCAACGGUCGAAUGGUAAAUUCAGAUGUGGAUUCGAAAGUCGAGGUUUCAUUCAACAAAUUGUUGGAUAGGGUGUGCAAGCUUAGGCAAGGGAUCAUGGAGGAGAUUCGUAGUGUUGAUAUAUCACUUGGGACGGCUUUGGAAGCAUUUAGGCGGGUGUACAAAGUGGCCGAGGAGCCGUUGGAGCGAAUGCUGUUGGAUUGGCAUUUGGCGAAUCUUGAAUACGCCAAUGCCACUUUGAUGUCGAAUCUGUCGAUGGCAUUUUGGGAUCAGGACGAUCCGUAUGAGAUGGGCGGUGAUCAUUGUUUCAUACCGGGAGGUAAUGAGAGGCUCGUUAGGGCCUUGGCCGAGGAUCUUCCAAUUUUCUACAAUCAUCCUGUAGAACGUUUGAUGUACGGCAGCAAUGGUGUUUUGGUAUAUGCCGGAGGGCAAGAAUAUCGCGGCGAUAUGGCACUUUGCACAGUCCCGCUAGGGGUGCUUAAAAAAGGCACGAUUGAGUUUGUCCCAGAGCUCCCUCAACGCAAAAAAGACGCAAUAGAGAGAUUAGGGUUUGGGUUGUUGAACAAAGUCGCGAUCUUGUUUCCGUAUGACUUUUGGGGCGGAGAGAUCGAUACGUUUGGGCAUUUGACAGAGGACCCGAACAUGAGAGGCGAAUUCUUCCUCUUUUACAGCUAUUCAUCCGUAGCCGGAGGACCCCUUCUUGUCGCCCUCGUCGCCGGAGAAGCUGCUGUCAAGUUCGAAAGCAUGUCCCCGAUUGAUUCCGUUACUCGGGUUUUGGAAAUUCUGAAGGGCAUCUUCAGCCCGAAAGGGAUUGCGGUUCCUGAUCCGCUCGAGGCAGUCUGCACCCGUUGGGGUCAGGACUCGUUCUCCUACGGUUCGUAUUCAUACGUCGCGAUUGGCGCCUCCGGUGACGACUACGAUAUCCUUGCGGAGAAUGUCGCGGACCGAGUUUUCUUUGCCGGAGAGGCCACGAACCGGCAGUACCCAGCUACAAUGCACGGCGCAUUUCUGAGCGGGAUGCGGGAGGCGGCCCAUAUAAUGCGUGUGACGGCGAGGAGGCGAUUGGGUCAUCCGGAUGCUGCGAAAGUCGACGAUACCAUAAACGAUGUUGAUAGGGUGUUCGAGAGCCCUGACUUGGCAUUCGGAAGCUUCUCGGUUGUAUACGACCCCGAAUUGUCGUCAUCGAAUGCUGUGUUGCGGGUGAGGGUGAAGAGCGACGAGUCCGAGGUUUAUCUUUAUGGGCUGAUUGGGAAGAAGGAAGCGAUAGCGAUGAGCGGUUUGGGGGAUGACGCGGAGAGGGUGGAGAUACUGACUCGGGACUUCAAAACGAGGCUUGUCGGGAGGAACAGUUUGCGACUUUGCAGCGACGAGGCCGAUUCCAUCCUUAAGAGAAUUCUCGAAUCGAACCAUUAAUUAGAUUAGAUUAGAUUAGAUUAGCUUAGCUUAGUUUGUUAUAUUGUUAGCUAACAUAGGAACUGGAAGUAGAACAGAAUAGAAACUCGAAACUCUCGAUGCUAAUGCUAGUGAUGAUGAUGAUGAUGAUGAUGAUGUAAGUAUUACAAGUAUGAACGAAUAUGACGAUGCUGGUUGGCUUUCAAUUCAAAUUCCAUUUCCAGUUCCA